AUGAGCGAUGCCAUGGGGGAAGAAGAGGAUGAACGACUCGCGAAAACGGGUCCCGAGCUCUUCAAAGAGCUUAGACGCCUCUACGCCGUUGCAGAGGUGGAGGACUACUUCAAGAACGGGAUGUGGCGAGACGACCUGAUGAAGACAGACCUCCAACUUAUAGAAGUUCACCGGCGCGAGGCCGGGGCUCCGGAUCCACCGGAUUUGUCGGAGGUCAAGCUUCCACCAGAUCUCCCGCGCGGAUUUGUCCGGCCCAGGACCAGCCUUCUAUCUACGCCAUCGCCGUUAGCGGCCACGACGGUCACCUCGGCAGUUGUGCCUCCCACAGGAGGCUCUGCAGUAGCAGACUUGCGGCUGAUAGCACUCUUCGUCGCAAAAUGGAAGCUUGAUGUCACGCGGACAAAGACCGCUUUGACCAAGCUGCUACCCUCUAGGCGGCGGUACGUCAUCGCGCACUUCAAGCCAAAGGGAGACACGGCGGUUGAUGACGAACUGGAGACGUACAUUGCCGAGUGCGAGUCCUCGAAAUCGUGGGACACUGCCACAGUGCUGGCAAACGGCUCCACCAAUGGUGUCAAGCGCCCGUUGAGUGCUGUUUCCGGGACUAGCACGGUUGACGACCCUAGCAAGAGGCUUCGGCCCACUCUCGUUACGCCGACUCGGCCGGCUGCGACUCCGAAGCCUUCCCCUGCGACCUUGGCGAUGGCUCAAAGGUUGCAAGCUGCUUCGGCGGCCAGGCCGGCACCCCUGCGACCAUUCGCCGGUGCCGUUGUGCCGCCUAACAUGCGCGCUCCCCUCACGGUCAGCGCGCGACGCGCGGCCCUAACCGUCACUGCGCGGCCUCCCAUUCCGGUAUCGGCAUAUCCGAGGCCCGUCAUUCGAGCCCCAGGAGUCGGAGUUGUUCGCCCGGUUAAUGCUGGCUAUCACCCUCUUGGAGUUACUGGAGUUGUCCUGAGGCGAUGA